AUGCGACUCCGCCAACUCGGAACGACCCAGUCUGUUGUGUUCUUUGCGCCACCCGAGGUUGACCAAAGCAUUCGUGAUACUUGUGGCUUGGAAACGUCCGACAAAACGGACAAAAAGGUGUUUGUCAACUCGUCUCAUGUUGUUGCCUGGCUUCUCGAGCAAACAUGCAAGGCCAAUGACCAGCUUCGGCCUCUGUAUGCAUCCCAUGGUCUGGACUUUUGCCGCCGGAUGGAGGCUCUCACGAUGCACAAGAAGACCUUACGAAGUGCAUCAUCCAGGGACUCUUUACUCGGCGUCCUGGAGCAACCAGAGCGUCAGACUUUGGAAACUAUGUACGGCAACGAUACUGUUGACACGGGAUCGGUCCUGAAGACGGACGGCUUUUCCUAUCCACGGCUCCAACGCUUUGCGGAGCAACUGCGCACAUAUCGGUCGACGACAGGCCAUGGCACGGCUGCUCUACAAGGCGCCUUUGAAGAAGUAGAGCAAGAGCGAGAGGUGGAGGUCCAAGUUGAGCAACAACGUCGCGCCCAGCACAACAUCGAUUUCAAAGCAUUGCGCUUCAACGGAACCGUUGCCAAGUCGAUCCGCCAAUUUGUGGAAACUGGGGAAUUGACUGGUAACAAUGGAUACGAAGGCAUGUUCUCGUUUCUAGCCUCGACAAGUAUCGGGAAACGAUACGGUAUUGUCCACGGUACCCCGAGUCGUCUGUUUGUGACGACAGAGUUCAGGAAAACAAUCGAUGCGUCGCGGGCUGGGCAGCAGUUCCACGACGACUUCUUGCGCCCAGUAGAUUGGCUCCUGUGGUGCCCAGCCUCGCAGACCGGCGUCGUUAUCAUCCCUGAAGAACUGGAACUUCUCAUUCCCAGCAUACGUGCUUCCAAAUACACACAGCUGGUGGCCUACGCAGCACCCGUAACACGGUCCAUGCUGGACUUUAGCAGCCUCCGGUUUUACGCAUUUCCAGAAUUCCCAAAGAAGCGGCACACGGUGCCGGAAUGGCUGCCCAUUGAACUCGGUAUCCUUGCGGGACGUCUAUACAUGACGUACGACGAGGCCACGGCCAUGGCAAAGUACCUGGGAUUGUCCCCCAAUGCCAACGAGGACUGUGUCCGCAAUACAAUGUCCUUCUGCACGAAUCCAACGAGCUUCUUGCUCGAGUGGCUGGCCCUCCGCCGUGCAACCCAGGAUGUUCUUCACACGCCGGCAGCCUAUGUCUGCCAAGGCCGUCAACUUCAGCCAGACCAUUCUUUCUUCUUGAAGUUUAACAAACGACUCAUCCAUGGCGAAGACGAGCAAGGUAUGAACGACGACAUACUGGAGCAACAAGAGCAGAUCAUGGAAGACGAUGAAAAAGAAGAUAUGGAAGAGGAGGAUGAGCAUGACGAAGAGGGUGAUGGGCUUCUCAAAAUUCGACUGGAAAACCUUGCCCUGCUGGAUGGCAACAUGAAAGUCCAAGCACAGGAUGAACAAAAGCGGGACGGGGAGAAAGUGCCGCUGUAG